CGCCUGCGCAGUGUGACCGGGAUGGCGCAUUUUCUUGCACCGAGUAAUGCGGCGUCGCUGGCGGCUGAGGAGGGCGGAGAGUUCUGUGGUGAAGUAAGGGGAGGGAUCCAUGUAGGCGUCAGGCGGAGCGUUGUUCUGAACUAUAAAGUGGGAAGUUGAUGCUGGGCACUACUACUCCCGGGCCGGCGACGCGAAAAUUGUGAUAUCACCGUUGAACCGUCAUAUUGCUAAGAUGAUUUCCUUUGCUGGAGUGCUCAGUUCUGAAGAUUGUUUCUCCUUGUUACUCAAGAGGAGAUUACAGAAAACACACUUUUUGAUCCUUUCAGUUCAUGAUCCUAAAGACCAAAUCAUUGUUAUAGAAACAAAAGAAAAUAGAUAAAGAUCAGCUUUGAAGUUUAAAAACAAUGGAGAAGACUCAAGAAACAGUCCAAAGGAUUCUUCUAGAACCCUAUAAGUAUUUACUUCAGUUACCAGGUAAACAAGUGAGAACCAAACUUUCACAGGCAUUUAAUCAUUGGCUAAAAGUUCCAGAAGACAAACUACAGAUUAUCAUUGAAGUGACAGAAAUGUUGCAUAAUGCCAGUUUGCUCAUCGAUGAUAUCGAAGACAACUCAAAACUCCGACGUGGCUUUCCAGUGGCACACAGCAUCUAUGGAAUUCCAUCUGUCAUCAAUUCUGCCAAUUAUGUGUAUUUCCUUGGCCUCGAGAAAGUCUUAACCCUUAAUCACCCAGAUGCAGUGAAGCUUUUUACCCACCAGCUUUUGGAACUCCAUCAGGGACAAGGUCUAGAUAUUUAUUGGAGGGAUAAUUACACUUGUCCCACUGAAGAAGAAUAUAAAGCAAUGGUGCUGCAGAAGACAGGUGGACUCUUCGGAUUAGCAGUAGGUCUCAUGCAGUUGUUCUCUGACUACAAAGAAGAUCUAAAGCCACUGCUUAAUACAUUGGGGCUCUUUUUCCAAAUUAGGGAUGAUUAUGCUAAUUUACACUCCAAAGAAUAUAGUGAAAACAAAAGCUUUUGUGAAGAUCUAACAGAGGGAAAGUUCUCCUUCCCUACUAUUCAUGCUAUUUGGUCGAGGCCUGAAAGCACGCAGGUGCAGAAUAUCUUGCGUCAGAGAACCGAGAAUGUAGAUAUUAAAAAAUACUGUGUACAUUAUCUCGAGGAUGUAGGUUCUUUUGAAUACACUCGGAGUACUCUUAAAGAGCUUGAAUCUAAAGCCUAUAAACAAAUCGAUGCACGUGGUGGGAACCCUGAGCUUGUAGCCCUAAUUAAGCACUUAAGCCAAAUGUUCAAAGAAGAGAAUGAAUAAUACUAAGCCAUUUCCAGUUAGACCUGGUAGCGUAUUGCAGUUGACUAUUUUUUUGUCUUUUAGCCUAUCACUUUUUUAAAAAUUUGGACCGAGCUGUCACUCUCCACAAACCGAGUGAAUAGGAGUGAUGUGAAUGAGGUGGUUUCGAUUUAGAACCCCUUUGUACAGAUAAUCAUCAUAGUACAAAGUUGAAAGAAUCAAAACGAGCCACAUUUAAGUAGGUCUGAUUUGAAUGUCAGAAUGUGCUAUGUCUAGACCUUAUGGACAGCUGCCACAAAUGUUCUGUUGAUUCUGUCAAUAAAGAAGACUUCAGGUUCCAGGAAUUUUUAUCUAGAUACUUCCUAACUGUGCUAUAUGGGCAAUCUCCCAUUCGUCUACCCCAGUUUCAAGUCAGUGACUCCUUGGGACCAGUUUCUGUAGCGAGCUGGCCCAGAGACCACUGGACCUCCUCUUUCUUCCUAAAUGUUGUUACUUAUAAUAUCUCGGUCUCUUCUUGGAAACUCCCUCCCUAAAAUCUUCCAUGAAAAAGCUGACCAUGAUAAGCAGUAAGCGUACCAGUCUUUUUUCUUACCCUCUUCCUUUUUUUUCUUCCUCCCUGCCCAGCAAAUUCUGCUUUUAACCAGGGAGACUCCACUUAAUGGAAUUUAUACGCUAGUCCAAAUUCAUUCAUUUUUUUCCUUAUAAUUUGUGACCCCAAAACAGAUUGAUACCUGGGUACAGCAAUGUCUUUCCAUUUGAGAAGAAACAAAAGGUACAUGGAAAGAGUAUUUUAGGGAAGAGCCUUUAUUUAAGCCUUUUUGUAGUUUCCUACUGGUUAGUAAGUAAAAAUCGUAAAAGAGCUGUUUGCUCACCUUAAGUACAAAAGCAGGGGGAAACGCCCUUUUCUUUGCCACUGAGAUCACUACUCCCCCUUAAAGGCAAUUGGUGCUUGAAUAAAAAGGGAAAUAGGUAUCUUUAAUCUCUGAUUAAAGGAAUGAGAAGUGUUAACCUGAGAGCUAGUGCCUGGCUGAAAAGUAGUCAAAGGCUCUGCUGUCAGGUACUCAAUUAGCUUUAUAGUGCUUUAACCCUGACUCUCUAUCCCUUUUGUGUACUUUCUACCCUGAACACCCUGGAGCCACCUGGCAACAAGAGGUAGGAGAAAAGAAAAACCCUGAUUCCUUAGUUUACAAGUGUUGCUGACCUCCCCAAAUGAAACUGUUUUCCAGAAACAUUGCAUUUUGCUUGUUUGGUUCCAUUAUGAUAUAUUUUGGCAGAUUUGAUCACUAUGAACUUGCAUGAAAAAAUCUCACUGAAGCCUUCAACCCAAUCUUUGAAGAGUUGGGUAGUACCUUCACUAGUUUUUAAAAUUUGAAUCUUCCAUUUUAACUGAAAAUCAUGGGUAUUUAUGCUGCAUUAUGGAAAUUUGAACUGUGUUUAUGAAUCCAUUACUUAAAAACUUAAAGAUUAGUCAAAAAGAUCUAAUGCUAACUAUAUAAACAAAAUGUUUACCUUUAAGAUGAAGGCUGCUUAAGUUGAUUAUUCCUUACCUAAUCAAAUUAAUUUUGGCCUGGUGCUAUUCAUGAUUCCUUUGUCAUUUGUAUCUGGUCUUUGUCAAGGACAGAAAUGCUUGACCUUGAAUUGGAGACUUACAGAAAGUCAUUUUAUCCAUUAAGUAAUCAAAAGUCUAUUCUUUUCACCUUGAACUAUAAUCACAGUUGUCAAUAUAGAAGAACAAUGUAAGAGAACUUUAAAUCUAGUAAAAAUAUAUUAAUUUAUCUACUUAGGUUUAAACUACAAUAUUUUUUUUUUUCUGCUUAAAGGAAUGUCUUGGAACCAAAGUAAACCGGAUUUUGGAUGUAGAAGACCUGUAAUUUUGAAAUAUUUUCCUAUUUUCUAGUCUAUAGAGGUUCAAAAAAUAAAUUGAUUUUUUUCCUUGCCAAAGCCAAAAGAAUGAAGGCUAAAUUAUGUUGUCAUAAA